AAAAAGGAUGAAGGCAGAGAUCAAAUUAAUCUUGAUGCUGCAGUUUUACCUUGUCAGUUCUCAAGAUAAAUGCAAGGAAGACAAGGACUGUAAAGAAAAUGCUCCCUGCUGCUCAGGUUUUGGAUAUUGUGGGAGUGGAGAGGGAUUUUGUACUCCAGCUGAAGGAUCAUCAGGGGGGUCACCAGGGACUAGAAGAUCUGGCAGUGGUUGCUCAGCAGAUGACGUAGAAUAUGUAGGGGGAGAUCUUUCACCGCUCUUGGGUGGAGGAGGAGUUAGAAUAGAGAAGAACAGUAGCAAGGCUUGUUACAAUAAGUGUGAGGAUAACUUCAGGUGUAAGUGGUUUACCUAUGAUGAAAGGGAACAACUAUGUUACCUAAAAUCCUCCAGAGGAUAUCCCAGAAACCGAACAGAUGGGUUUACAUCAGGUUCAACAGAAAGAGAUGGGUGUGACAGAAGUUCUGAAUGUCGUCCUCCAUAUUCUUACUAUUCGUACCAGUGCUUAUUUUACUGUGAUGAAAACAACCCUGAAGAAAUAUCGAUUGCUGAUAUAAGAAGAAAUUUUAACGAUUCGAAGGAUUAUUGUGAAAAGUUUGGUGGAUUUCUUCCUUAUAAUUUUGACGGGUAUGGGGGGUACAGAUCUGCAAACAGUUGGCAUUGGUUGGGAUAUUCAGGUCAAGAGGGUAAUUGCUGGGCAGGUAGACCAGGGUUUUGGGAUCAAGGUAUACAGUCCUUUCCUUGCUCGGAGAAUCUAAACUUUGGAUGUCAGAUGAGAGGAAUAUAUCCAACCGUCGAAGAAAAUGAAAACUUUGCGAUUAGACCCCGCAUUUAUUCUCCACAGCUCACUAUUCAACCCACAGAGUUCGGUAGGACGAAUUUUGGAUACUUUAAUGGUUUUCGUCGAAGACUGAGUCUGCCUCGUAGAAGAUUUCUUUUUAAUCGUCUUGAUCGCUUUAGAGGAUACUAUUAGCAAAUAAUAAUUAGUUGUGUUAACCCUUUUGUGAUUGUGAUUUUUUCUCCACAAUUUAAAAGCUGUUUAUACUAGAACGCCCAAAAACAAAAAUAGUCCAGAAUUGUUUUUUAAAAUAAACAGCAGAUUCCAAUUUCUUAAUUAAUAUUUGU